UUCUGUCAGUCCAGGGCUCUGAGAGGAGAGCAACAGCCCAGAGAGCGAGAGAGAGAGUGAGAGAGAGAGGGGCAGAGAGAGAGCAAGUGUGAACCAAGGGGGGUUGCCAGUUUUUAAUCCCAAUCCCACACUUCAAGAAAGUGCCUCUCCGUUUGAGUGAGGAUGGAGAACGCACACACCAAAGAGUCUGCAGACGUUCUGUCCUACUUUGGCGUCACUGAAGACACCGGCCUGUCGCCUGAGCAGGUUAAGAAGAGCCUGGAAAAAUAUGGCUACAAUGAGCUGCCAGCAGAGGAAGGUAAGAGUAUCUGGGAGUUGGUGGUGGAGCAGUUUGAGGACCUGUUGGUCAGAAUCCUGCUGCUGGCAGCCUGCAUCUCUUUUGUGCUGGCUUGGUUUGAGGAAGGUGAAGAAACCGUUACUGCCUUUGUCGAGCCCUUCGUCAUCCUCCUCAUCCUCAUCGCGAAUGCUGUUGUUGGAGUGUGGCAGGAACGCAAUGCAGAGAGUGCCAUCGAGGCCCUGAAGGAGUAUGAGCCUGAAAUGGGGAAAGUUUACAGAGCAGACAGGAAGAGUGUGCAAAGAAUCAAGGCCAGGGAGAUCGUUCCUGGUGACGUAGUGGAGGUCUCUGUUGGUGACAAAGUGCCAGCUGACAUCAGGAUCAUCUCCAUCAAAUCUACAACCCUGCGUGUGGACCAGUCCAUUCUUACUGGUGAGUCUGUCAGCGUGAUCAAGCACACAGAUCCCGUCCCAGACCCUCGAGCUGUCAACCAGGACAAGAAGAACAUGUUGUUCUCUGGCACCAACAUUGCUGCCGGUAAAGCCAUUGGUAUUGCUAUUGCAACUGGUGUCUCUACUGAGAUUGGUAAGAUUCGUGACCAGAUGGCUGCCACCGAGCAGGAGAAGACACCUCUGCAGCAGAAACUGGAUGAAUUUGGAGAGCAGCUCUCAAAGGUCAUCUCCCUCAUUUGUGUGGCUGUGUGGAUAAUCAACAUUGGUCAUUUCAAUGACCCCGUCCAUGGAGGCUCCUGGAUCCGUGGUGCAAUCUAUUAUUUCAAGAUUGCUGUGGCUUUGGCUGUGGCUGCUAUUCCUGAAGGUCUGCCUGCUGUCAUCACCACUUGCCUUGCGUUGGGAACACGUCGCAUGGCCAAGAAGAACGCCAUUGUCAGAAGCCUGCCCUCUGUGGAGACCCUGGGCUGCACCUCAGUCAUCUGCUCCGAUAAGACUGGCACCCUUACAACCAACCAGAUGUGUGUAACCAAGAUGUUCGUCAUUGAUAAAGUUGACGGCGACAACGUUUCCCUCUGUCAGUUUGACAUUUCAGGCUCAAAGUACACCCCUGAGGGAGAAGUAACAAAGAACGGUGUGUCUGUGAAGUGUGGACAGUAUGAUGGACUGGUUGAGCUGGCAACCAUUUGUGCUCUGUGCAAUGACUCUUCUCUGGACUACAAUGAGUCCAAGGGUAUUUAUGAGAAGGUGGGUGAGGCCACUGAGACGGCCCUGUGCUGUCUGGUGGAGAAGAUGAAUGUGUUCAACACUGAAGUACGCGGCCUGUCCAAGGUGGAAAGGUCAAACACUUGCUGUUCAGUUAUCAAGCAGCUGAUGAGAAAGGACUUUACCCUGGAGUUCUCCAGAGACAGGAAGUCCAUGUCGGUCUACUGCUGUCCUGCCAAAUCAGCCAAAGCACCGGUGGGAAACAAGAUGUUUGUCAAAGGUGCUCCAGAGGGAGUGAUCGACCGUUGUACUUACAUUCGUGUGGGCACUAACCGUGUACCGCUGACUGGCCCAGUGAAAGACCACAUCAUGUCAGUCAUCAAGGAAUGGGGCACCGGGCGCGACACCCUCCGCUGUUUGGCCCUGGCCACACGUGACACACCUCUGAGGAAGGAGGAGAUGAACCUGGAGGACUCCACCAAGUUUGCAGACUACGAGACGGACCUGACCUUUGUGGGCUGCGUUGGCAUGCUCGAUCCUCCUCGUAAGGAAGUCAUGAGCUCCAUAGAGCUUUGCAAGGCUGCCGGGAUCCGUGUCAUCAUGAUCACUGGUGACAACAAAGGUACAGCUGUGGCCAUCUGCCGUCGUAUUGGCAUCUUCGGUGAGGACGAGGAUGUCACAGGCAAGGCCUUCACUGGUCGUGAGUUUGAUGACCUCUCUCCAUAUGACCAGAAGAACGCAGUUCAGAAGGCUUGCUGCUUUGCCAGAGUUGAACCAGCCCACAAGUCUAAGAUUGUUGAGUUCCUGCAGGGUUUCGAUGAGAUUACAGCCAUGACGGGUGAUGGAGUGAAUGAUGCCCCUGCCUUAAAGAAGGCGGAGAUUGGCAUCGCCAUGGGCUCUGGCACUGCCGUUGCCAAGUCUGCCUCUGAGAUGGUCCUGGCUGAUGACAACUUCUCUUCUAUUGUGUCUGCUGUUGAGGAGGGCAGAGCCAUUUACAACAACAUGAAGCAGUUCAUCCGCUACCUCAUCUCCUCGAAUGUAGGCGAGGUUGUCUGUAUCUUCCUGACUGCUGCCCUCGGUCUGCCUGAGGCUCUGAUCCCCGUCCAGCUUCUUUGGGUCAACCUUGUGACUGACGGUCUGCCUGCCACUGCACUGGGUUUCAACCCACCUGACUUGGAUAUCAUGGGCAAACCCCCCCGCUCCCCCAAAGAGCCCCUCAUCUCUGGCUGGCUCUUCUUUAGAUAUCUGGCGAUUGGAGGUUAUGUUGGAGCUGCAACAGUGGCAGCAGCUGCCUGGUGGUUCCUGUACUGUGACGAUGGGCCAAUGGUCACCUUCCACCAGCUGUCUCAUUUCAUGCAGUGCAGCGAGGAUAAUGAGGAAUUUGCUGGUGUCCACUGUGAGGUGUUUGAGGCUGCUCCACCAAUGACCAUGGCUCUGUCUGUACUGGUCACCAUCGAGAUGUGCAAUGCUCUGAACAGCUUGUCUGAGAACCAGUCCUUGGUGCGCAUGCCCCCCUGGAGCAAUGGCUGGCUGGUGGCCGCCAUGAGCCUCUCCAUGUCCCUUCACUUCAUGAUCAUCUACAUUGACCCCCUGCCUAUGAUCUUCAAGCUCACUCACUUGAACGUGGAGCAGUGGAUGAUGGUACUGAAGCUUUCCUUCCCAGUCAUCCUUCUUGAUGAGCUUCUUAAAUUUGUAGCUCGCACAUAUCUGGACGCCUAAACCUGCUCCCCCCUCCUCCAUACCCCUGUAACAAAACAAGGCAAAGUCUAGAGGUGGAGUGAAGCGGAGAGUGGCUGAUGCAGAGAGACGCACGGAGACACAGAGGAUGGAGAGAAAAGGCUGAGCGCUCCAACUGAAUGAGAGCGUGCAACAAGUCGCUUGAUCAAAACCUCAAGUGGCAAUAAUACAAACAAAUAAGCCAUCUGAUGAUACACCAAAAAAAAGCUGAAAACUAUUUUUGUCUGUAUGUACUGAAAAUAAUAUAUAGUUAAAGAAUUAUUAAAACUAU